AUGCCGUUCCCAGAGCCUCUGGUACCAAUUGAUACUUCUACAAUGCCUCGCGAGCCAGAUCUGGAGUAUGCAGUCGACCAGGGCACCGCAUUCCCCGACAUUGCAACCCAAGAGGCUCAAAAUGUCGCAGCCGCCGCACGAUCAACACGAACAGCGACCAAGCACACUUCUAGAGCGUGUACCUCCUGCCGAAAACGAAGACGCAAGUGUGACGGUGAUCAGGGCGGCGGGAGAUGUUCCGAAUGCGUCAAACACAAUUUUGAAUGUGUGCUCGACGCAAACACCGAUCUCAGACGUAAGUUGCAUCGUGAAAAGGCGCGGAAGGACCAGCAACUUCUUCACCAGGUACUGGCCACGUUGCGGGACCGCUCGGAUGGAAGAGCCGAGACUUUGCUUCACCUGAUCAGCACAGACGCCCCCUUGGCGGCGUUGCAAGCACAUCUUGCGCAGGCCGAUCCCGAAGAAACAGUCGCCUUUGGCUGGGAAGCACAACCAGAUACGCAGCAGCCUCAAAGCAGCAGCAUUCAACCAGCAUUAGCGCGAUCGACGUCGUUGAGAGCAUUGCUCAAUCCUCUGACUCCGCAACAAGGACGAAUCCGCGAGCGUGGCCAGCAGCGCGGAUACUCGCUCGGGGAGCAGAACAUAGCAUUUAUAUCCAAUCCUACAGACAUAGUUAAUCCUUCAGAACAGCAACCGCGGUUUCCCUCCUCUGGAGACAACUAUGUCGAGCCUGGAGCUGUCCGCUCCUUUGGAAAUCUCCCCAUGUCAAGCGCCAUUCGGAGCAAUGGCUGGGCGCCUCAUGUGCAGCAACAACAGCUUAACCUCUUCCAUAAACCGCAGUAUUCUUGCGCUCCAUUGUUGUUAGACGACCCUGGGGUGGAGGAUCCAUUGUCAAUAUCUGCCCACGCUUUCAUCGAUGAUGCCCGCUCUCUGAUCGCUCAAGGUGUACCAGCCCGAACCAUUCUUAGUAUGGACGGACUGCAAACCGAGCUCUUUUUCCGCGACCGACAGCCCGGAGAUGGACAGACUGUUUCUACCUGGGUGUGUGAGUUCACCAAAGCAUGGAGAGGCAUGCUCCCCAAUGACUGCUUGUACACUACCCUCUAUAUGGUGGCAUGCUUCAUGCGGUGGAUGGUCAUGCCAUGUAAAGAGACAUGGCUUAUGAUGCCCGAACUCAUGAGACCCCUCCUGGAUCAGAUGGUCGUACCACACCACAAACUAUUUGUUGAUCUCUGCCAUAUCCCGCAGCUUCGAAAGUCCUUUUUAACUUAUAACCGAGAUUUUACCCAUGUACUGAGGCCUGAUACUUUCAACCCCCACUGGAGUUUCGGCGACGACAAAUGCGUCGAACCCAUCGGCGGCACCAGGCUGGAACACAGAAGUCGACUCACAGAUGAAUUCAUAUCACACAUCAGCAAGCCGCAAAAUUGGACUCUACACAGCUCUGUUCUAGCACAUUUUCCGGAUCUGAGCGACCAGAUUGGAUUUCACGAUGGCUACUGA